AAAUUUUUCAGAACCUUUCUCUCUCUCUAGCUUUUUCUCUCUCCCACUAUCCAUUAGUAUUAUAUAUUAUAAUAACAUCCAACAAAGUUCUCCAAACAGAUCAAAUUUCCCAAAGAAAAAUAGAACUAAAAACGCGUCCCCUCAGUUUACCCAAGAAAUUGAGGCCGCCCAGAGAUUCUGCAGAUACAAAAACACGGCCUCCGUUUGCAAUUCAGCUUCCAGAAGCAUCUGAAAACGAGGAAGUCAUACACUCCCACAACGCAUAACUGCCGAAUUAGCACUGGCUGCUCGUAGACGCAUUCUUCUUCUUCUUCUUCGUUCGUCAACUACUCAAGCUCCUGCUUCGUUAUUCUUCAUUUUCUCUCUAUUUCUCUGUUCUUAGUUUUUUGCUUAGCAGAUGAGGCACAGUUCCAGGAAUCAACCUCAGAGAACAUGGGCUGAAAUAUGUUGUUUCGGUUGCUCCUGCCUACAGCUUUUCUGGCCGAGAGUGGUACUGCGCAAAUGGCUCAAUAUCAGCGCCAAAGAGUCGGAUUACAGCGCCGACACCGAAGACGACGAGGAUGUUAAUUCUUCUGAUUCUGAAACAGAAGAAUGUCAUAGGGGAAGAGAAUCACGCUUUAAGGUAGACAACGGAGAUGAACCACUGGUUGAUUCUAAUGAUGUACUGCCGAGGCUGAGAAGAAGAAAUUCAGAAACAUUUAGGACACAAUACAUAAACACGAAAGAACUCAGAAUAUGUGUGGGGACUUGGAAUGUUGGAGGAAAACUACCUCCCGAAGAUCUAGAUAUUGAUGGAUGGAUAGACACCAGCGAGCCAGCUGAUAUCUAUGUCCUUGGUCUCCAGGAGAUUGUACCAUUAAAUGCUGGAAAUAUAUUUGGCGCUGAAGAUAGUCGCCCAGUUGCAAGGUGGGAAGACAUUAUCCGUGAAACAUUGAAUAGGGUUAGACCUGCUACAACCAAGAUUAAAUGCUUUAGUGAUCCACCAUCUCCGUCAAAGUUUAAGCCAUCUGACGACAUCCCAGAUUUAGAGGAGGAAAUUCUGCAUGAAAGUGAUAGUGACAUUGGUGAGGAAGUGCAUCCAUGUGAUGAAGAGUUCUUUGACAAGGAAAAUCAAGAUGGACAAGUAGCUGAUAGGAAUCUGUGCUUGAACAACCCAGUUUCAGAACUUUCUGCAAAUACCAAAUCAGGGAUACCCGUCGAACAGGAUUUAGUGAGACAAUACUCUUCUCCAAAGAGAUUGGACCGACUAAAUUGCUUACGGACUGAAGAUAGCUCAGAGAAUGAUGGGUCCGUCUUACAACAGAACAGAAGAUUAACUAAAAUGCUUAGUGGCUCAGAAAGGAUUGGUUUAUGUUGGCCCGAGCCUCCACUACAUUUACUACCCCAUAAUGUUUUAGAGAGACCUAACUCAUUCAAAUCAAUAAGAUCAUUUAAAGCAUCCAAGUCCUUUGCGACAUAUAAUUCUUUCAAGUCAACCAUAAAUGAAAUGCCAUCAGGGGUGGCUUUGCUAGGAGAAAUUGAUCUUGAGUCUCUCCUAAAACGAAAGAGAAGAUCAUCAUAUGUUAGAAUAGUAAGUAAACAAAUGGUUGGCAUUUUCCUCACAAUAUGGGUUCGUAGGAGUUUGCGAAGGCACAUUCAGAAUGUAAAUGUCUCUACUGUUGGUGUUGGUGUAAUGGGCUAUAUCGGUAACAAGGGAUCCAUAUCUGUCAGCAUGUCCGUAUAUCAGACCCUAUUUUGCUUUAUAUGCACUCACCUGACUUCAGGUGAAAAGGAGGGAGAUGAACUUAAAAGAAAUGCUGAUGUGAGCGAAAUACAUCGAAGAACUCAAUUCCAUUCACUUAAUGGUAUUGGGUUUCCUAAAAUUAUCCACGACCAUGAGCGGAUAAUAUGGUUGGGUGAUUUAAAUUACCGCAUCAACUUGUCUUAUGAGAAGACAAGAGAGCUUAUCUCUAGAAAAGAGUGGUCCAAAUUGGCUGAGAGUGAUCAGUUAUCGCGGGAAUUUAAGAAGGGUCGUGCAUUUGAUGGAUGGACCGAGGGAAACCUAAGUUUUCCGCCAACUUAUAAAUACGAGAACAAUUCCGAAAAGUAUUACGGUGAAGAUCCAAAAGUUGGAAGGCGUACUCCAGCAUGGUGUGACCGCAUACUUUCAUAUGGCAAGGGGUUGAAACUGUGCAGUUAUAGAAGGACUGAGAUUAAAUUUUCUGACCAUAGACCAGUGACAGCCACCUACACGGCCGAGGUCGAGGUCUUCUGUCCCCGUAAGCUACAGCGAGCUCUAACAUUUACAGAUGCAGAGAUCGAAAAUACAGAUGCAGCAAUCAAUGGAUUCUGAUUUUUGACGCGUUGCUUAAACUUAGCUUCGGUGAGCAUUUAUCUGAUCUUUCAUACGCCUCGGAACGAUUAUGGAGAUCAUGUAUGGGGAUUCUUUUAGCAAUUAACAAAGAUAAUGUGGAGUGAGCUUUGUGGUGCAGCAAGCAAUGCAAGGUAAAUAAUCUAAAGAUGGAGCUCAAUCUUUUAUAAAACCAAGAUUUAACUAACAAGGUUGUGUUUGGACUUGGUUGAUGUUUUGUAUUUUAACCUUCAUUCUUUGGAUCACAUUAUAUUCUUUGUGUUAGCUAGAGAUGUGAAUUGCAGUUGUUGUGUACAUGAGUUAGCUGGUAGGGUUUCAUUUUCAAAUUAAAUAAAUAGGAAUGUACUACUCUUACUCUUAGUUUGUUUCUACUGGCAGAGGUUUGUAUAGCUUUGCAUUGUACAGCAAUAAAGUUUUAAUGUUUUGGGA